GCAAUCCGGAAGGAAUUCAAAUCCAGAGCUUCUCGCUGCGGAGCUAAGGGUUCACACCCCACGUUGGGCACCCCAACUGUUAAAGGCCUGCACCUGAGAGGAUCCAGCGCAGAGGCUGCAGUUUCAAAAGCACCAAGACAGUGGAUGAAGAAGAUUCAGUCGCUAAUCUUAAAGCCUCUGCCAGAAGAAAGGGAGCCUUUCAGGACACUCUCUCGGGGACAGAGAUGAUGGAGUGCAGACGGCUUCGUGAUUCCUGAGUGUGAAGUGUUUAACUCCGCUUCCUCCCCACGUUCUUGUUUUGAGACGGGCUGUAGCCCCUCUCCUUCCUUCAUCCUCCUUCCAGUAAGGAAAAAGGAAAGAUCAAAACUCUAAACCGGCUUUACCCCUCCCCCUCUUCCUGGGGGAGCUAAAGCUGAAAGUACCAUUCCGUGAUUUACUGGAGAGAGAUGAGGGUGGAGGCAGCAAAGAACUCCACUCCGAGUGCCAAAACGAAGUUGGCAAUUCCUCGGAGAGGACCGAGAGAGAAAAAGAGAACCCUGGAGAAGUGAAGAAAGUGAUUGGGAUGCCAGUUCAUUGCAUGCAGUUUAUCUGCCUGAGUAAGAGCAAAGCAUGGAGUUUCAGCUUCCCAGUACUUUCCAGGUGAGAGGACUGCUGGACUGACUGUUGACCCCUCAGCGGUUGGUGCCCGCGCCCUGAGGAACCUCUUUCUUAACGUCAAGGGCAAAAAGUUCUGGCCAUGAAAAGUUCCUGCCCUAGGUGAUUGUCAGUUCCUUACUUUUUUUUUUUUUUUUCUCCUGAAAACUUUUGGGAGAGGCAUUAAACUUUCGGUGUGGAAGCUACUUUGGGGAGCACAGAAGAGGAGAAAGUGAAAUUUGAUGGAGAAAAACGACUCCUUGUUUUCCCCACGUCCCAGCUCAUAAGCCGUCACUUGUAGAAAUAUCAAAAUUGCUGGACGUGUUGACAGCUGAGAGGAGUGCAGGACUUCUUUCUAGGUGGGGAGACCCUCCACCGCCUGUUGGAUCUGCGUGCAUGUGUGCGCCAGCGCCGGUCCGAGGUGCGUUGUUCUGCCCUGGAGUCUCAGCUGAGACCCGAGUGAAUGGCCUCCAGGGGUUUUGCGGGGCCUCCACCUCAGCGGCCACCGCCACCUCCUCCACAGGCCUGGGUCUGGCCAGGAAAGAUGCUAGCCAUGGGGGCUCUGGCAGGUUUCUGGGUCCUCGGCCUCCUCACAUAUGGUUACCUGUCCUGGGGCCAGGGCUUGGAGGAAGAAGAAGACGGGCUUUUGCGAGCUCAAACUGGAGAGAGACCAGAGCACAGCGUAACUGCCAGCUCCCAGCCCCAUCUCAUUUUCAUCCUAGCGGAUGAUCAGGGAUUUAGAGAUGUGGGUUACCACGGAUCAGAGAUAAAGACUCCCACUCUUGACAAGCUUGCAGCCGAAGGAGUUAAACUGGAGAACUACUAUGUCCAGCCUAUUUGCACACCGUCUAGGAGUCAGUUUAUUACUGGAAAGUAUCAGAUACAUACCGGACUUCAACAUUCUAUCAUAAGGCCUACCCAGCCCAACUGCUUACCUCUGGACAAUGCAACCCUACCUCAGAAGCUGAAAGAGGUUGGAUAUUCAACACAUAUGGUUGGAAAAUGGCACUUGGGUUUUUAUAGAAAAGAAUGUAUGCCUACCAAGAGAGGAUUUGAUACUUUUUUUGGUUCCCUCUUGGGAAGUGGCGAUUAUUAUACACACUACAAAUGUGACAGUCCUGGGAUGUGUGGCUAUGACUUGUAUGAAAAUGAAAAUGCUGCCUGGGACUACGACAAUGGCAUAUACUCCACACAGAUGUAUACUCAGAGGGUGCAGCAAAUCUUAGCUUCCCAUGACCCCAAAAGGCCUAUAUUUUUAUAUAUUGCCUAUCAAGCUGUGCACUCUCCACUGCAAGCCCCUGGCAGGUAUUUUGAACACUACAGAUCGAUUAUCAACAUAAACAGGCGCAGGUACGCUGCCAUGCUUUCCUGCUUAGACGAAGCAAUCAACAAUGUGACCCUAGCUCUAAAGAUGUAUGGUUUCUAUAACAACAGCAUUAUCAUAUACUCUUCCGAUAACGGUGGCCAGCCCACGGCAGGAGGAAGUAACUGGCCUCUCAGAGGUAGCAAAGGAACCUACUGGGAAGGGGGGAUCCGGGCUGUUGGCUUUGUGCACAGCCCACUUCUGAAAAACAAGGGAACGGUGUGUAAGGAGCUCGUGCACAUCACUGACUGGUACCCUACUCUGAUUUCACUGGCUGAGGGACAGAUUGAUGAGGACAUUCAACUGGAUGGCUAUGACGUCUGGGAGACCAUAAGUGAAGGCCUUCGUUCUCCUCGAGUGGACAUUUUGCACAACAUUGACCCCAUUUAUACCAAGGCCAAGAAUGGCUCCUGGGCAGCAGGCUAUGGGAUCUGGAACACUGCCACAUCAGCUAUCAGAGUGCAGCACUGGAAACUGCUCACAGGGAACCCCGGGUACAGUGACUGGGUGCCCCCUCAGUCUUUCAGCAACCUGGGGCCGAACCGGUGGCACAACGAAAGGAUUACCUUGUCAACUGGCAAAAGUGUGUGGCUGUUCAACAUCACAGCUGACCCUUACGAAAGAGUGGACCUUUCUAACAGAUAUCCCGGAGUCGUGAAGCAGCUCCUCCGGAGACUCUCCCAGUUCAAUAAAACCGCGGUGCCCGUCAGAUAUCCCCCUAAGGACCCCAGAAGUAACCCUCGGCUCAACGGAGGAGUCUGGGGCCCAUGGUAUAAAGAGGAAAACAAGAAACAGAAGCCACGCAAAAGUAAGACUGAGAAAAAGCAGAAGAAAAGUAAGACAAAGAAGAAACGGCCGAAGUCGGGUUCAUUUCCAAAGUGCCGUUCUGGUGUUACUCGUGGAUAAGUAUAAAUUUUUUCCUGUCUGGUUAAACUUAAGUCAGUUCUUAGUCUUUCAUCAGUUUUCUAGGUGAACCAGCAAAUUUGGCUCAGUAGGAUCACUGCUAUCAGCGUCACACUGUCCAUACUGUGCCAUUCUACAGACCUCGGCCACUUAGAAGACUUCUGAUCAGUGCCAAAAGUGCUACUCUCGUGAGCAACGCUUAGAGGGCAAUGGAGAUGCUGGUUUCUCUUGCCCCUUUAUGAAAGGUGGUCAGUGAUGAGUUCAACUGUUGUGCUUCAGUCAAUUGACCAAACACCAUGCUUUAAAUUAUAACAAAGGACUCUAACAUGCUAAUCUGAUAAGACUUACAGGGCAACAUGAUUAAAAACCACCUUUAGGAGUUCAUGUCAUGGCUCAGUGAAACGAAUCUGACCAGCAUCCAUGAGGACGCAGGUUCGAUCCCCAGCCUUACUCAGUGGGUUAAGGAUCUGGUGUUGUGGUGAGCUGUGAUGUCAGCCACAGAUGUGGCUUGGAUCUCUAGUUGCUGUGGCUGUGGUACAGGCCAGCAGCUGUAGUUCUGAUUGGACCCCUAGCCUGGGAACCUCCAUAUGCUGUGGAUGUGGCCCUAAAAAAAAAAAAAAGACAGAAAACCACCUUUAAUGAAGUCUAGUCAAAGCUUGCAUCACCUCAAAAGCCUUGAAAAUUAUUUUCUUAAUGAAUUUUUAUAUCUCUGUCAUAGGACACCUGGGUUUUUUAAUUCUGUUUCACAUAUCAUUUCCUAUCCUGUGAAAAUAAGCUGUUUUUCUCACGUGUGAACAGCUUGCACCUCAUUUUAUCCUACAUGAGAAAGUGGCUAAUGAGAAUGUUUGAGCACACUGCCAAAACAUGAAUGUAACUAUUUUCUAAACACUUUACUAGAGUGACAUUUCAGCAUAAAGUACAUAAUUUAUUUUUACAGAAAAAAUAUUAAUUAUUUUGUUGUCAUAAAAAGCUAUACAAAUGACUUUUAAUUAUUUUAUUUUUAUUUUCUACAUGCUAUUAGGAGAAUUUUAUUUCAUAAUUGCCAAGAUUAUCAAGCACUGUAAUACUUUAAAUUACUGUAAGAGUUUUUUCAUAGGAUAUAAAAAGAAAAAUGAUAAAUAUCAUUGUUCAGCCAUUGUUUUGAAUGUAAUAAGAUGAAUAUAUUCCUUACAGAUUUCUUGGAAAUUCAGUGUUUGUACAGAAUUGAAAGAAAGACAUCUUUAUUGUUUCUGUCAUAAACACUAUUUAUGUAUCUUAAUUAUUAAAAUGACAUUUUAUGGCACUACUAAA